UCAGAUAUUGACGUGCUUACGCCAACGUGCGCUGCGAAGCCUGCUCCCGCCUUGUAGUAUUUUCCGUGUCCGCAACGAAAUAAAAAAAUAAAAAAGAACAACCACACACAAAAAUUGGACUAUUAAAAAUUCACGAGGAAAUCAACAUUAGGACGCGUCUGAUGGCAGCAUAAUUAAACGAGUGUCUGCCAAGCGGUAUGCCGCGCCCACAUCAACGCUGUAUUAGCCACCAACUUAGUCAAAGUUCAUAACAGCAGCUAUACCAAGAGUUAUCCAAAACGUGUUCACACCCACCCGCGCCCCGCCCACUUGCUUCCAAACGGAGUUUCUGCAGCAGUUGCAUUGCGGCCUGAAUGCAGGCAGAAUUGUGUUGCGCUUAUUGGCCAUUUAGUUGCCAUUAAACUGCAUUGAACAAAAUUAACAUAUAGUUUUUGGACGAGGCGCAUGCCAGAUUUGCUGUUGCCGCCAAUUUAUAGAACCGGCCAUUGAACGCGCCUAAACUCGAGGCAUGGACACUGCUGCCGCCGCCGCUGCUGCCGUCGUUGUUGAUCUGAGCUCCGAGCCGGUCAGCAAGUCUGCUGCCAGCAAGUUGAUCAGCAAGCCCAAAACUAAGCCGGCUCCCAGCUACGUGCCAUCAGUUGUUGUUGCCAACGCUACGGCAGCUCCAUGCCACGUGAGCUGUGAGCACGAUAUUGCCAAUUGCCUGGGCAGCACCGUCGAGUCGAUGUCUGCCUCACCACCGACAACGCCUGUGCGCAUCCGCGGCAUCAGUCAUGAGGUCGGCCUAGCCGAUGGCCUGGCCGGCGGGACCGGCAAUGGCGAGCCAUAUGCGACUCAUGGGAUGGUCAUGAACGGCCUGAAGGAUUUGGCCGGCGGCGAGGUUGGACAUGGGGAGAAUCUAAGUGCAGCACUGGCCUCAUUGAAUACCACAUCAUUAACGUCUUCCACGAACGCUUCCACAACGCCAAUGUCUGCCUUGCUUACAGCACCAACAGCCACAACAACAGCACCACCAACAGCCACAACAGCAGGAACAAUAACAGCAACAGCAACGGCAACAGCAGCAGCAACAUCCACAACAGCUUCCGGCGGAAUAUCAAGUGCGACGACAACAGCAACAACGACCACACUAGCAACAGGCAGCAGCAACAGCAACAGCAGCAGCAACAACAGCAGCAAGUCAACGAUGGCAUCGGCUAAUAUGGAUCAGCUCCUGCAUUGGCAGGACAUGCCCAAAUAUCUGCAAUUCAAUCCGUAUGUCCUCAAAGGAUACCGUCCGCUGCAGACCUUCAAGGGCUGCCUGCUCAGUCUCUUCUAUUGGCACAACGAGACCAUCAACAUACUGACGCACGCCAUACCCAUAUUUUAUAUACUGGCCAUUGUUCCGGGCCUGAUGCCGUGGGACAGUGGCUACAAGUUCCUCUCGUUUUGCCACGUAUUUGGAUCGGUGGCGCCCUGGUGCGGCAGCUUCGUCUAUCAUCUGUUUAUGAACAUCGAGAAGGGGGAGAAUUUUUACUAUACGCUGCUCAAGCUGGACAUGGUUGGCAUUUGGGUGAGCCAGAGUUUCGGUGCCUUGCCGCUGGUUACGGCGACAACACUCUGCUUUACGCCCAUUCUUAAGUGGUUCAUCAUAACCGCAUACUGUCUGCUCUCGCUAUGGGGUUUGUAUAAGGCACUCACCGCCAGCUCUCCGUGGCAGAGGCGUCUGUGCUUUGCUCUGCCGUUUGCCAUGCGCUCCGUGUUGACCUUUCUACGGAUCCGAGGAAUGGUGGGCGGCAGUCAUAUGGCCCUUUCCCAUGUCUAUCUGCAGGUUGAAGUUGAUGGCGUCUCCAUAUUGGGCGGUGCUAUUGGUGCCAUGCGCAUACCCGAAAAGUGGUUUCCCGGCCUGGUCGACUUCUAUCUAAACUCGCAUAAUAUUAUGCAUGUGCUGGUCGUGGUGGCCGUCUACUCCAUGCAUAAGGCAACAAUCAAAGACUUUGAAUGGAUGUCCACACAGACGUGCAAUUCGGUGGCCAAUGCCACCGUGGAACAGUCAUUGACCCAUAUUGACCUAUGACCCGCUUACUGGCUGCUCCUAAUCCUGCUUCUCUCACUGUUGCUCCUGCUAAAGCCCCAACCGCGACGUGCCCGAAUCAAUUGGAAAAUGCAAAAAAUUCGCUCGCAGCCUGACUAAACGGCUGGACAGAGCUGAUCAAAGCUUCAAUAUGCUACUCGAAUAUACCGUGUAUAAAAUGAGCGCGUGCUGUAACAGUAACAAUAUGAAUAAGAA